AGUCCAAACCACGAGUUUUUUGGAACCAUAGUCCUUUUGGAGUGGUUUCUAUGUGGUUUUGGUCCCUGGACUUAACUCCCGUUAAGUUGGAACUGUUAAGCCCCCUCACGUGCCUCACACGUGAGGGUAAUUUCGUCAUUUCAUGUCAGGGACCAUUUUUGCAUAAACGGUUUUUUGGAUUAAUUGACAUUUACCCCUCAUUUACUUUCCCCAACACUCGUCAACUCCCCAACUCCCUCCUUCUUGCUUCUGCUCCAUUGAACCUGCAAAAAACCCUCGUUGCUUAUCUAAACAAGAUAAUCGACACUACACAUAUAAGGGCAUACGUUUAAUAGGAAAUGGUGUUCGUAAUGUGGCAUAUCAGACCAAAACACGAAGUUGUUGAUGUAUCAACUGUAUAUGCUGGUGCACCCACAUGGUUUAGUAUUAAGCUUCAUCACGGUGGGAAAUUUACUAAAUUACCUGAUAUAAAGUACAUUGGAGGUGAAGUGCGUUAUGUUGAUUAUGUGGACAUUGAUGAGUUUUCUGUGCAUGAACUUGAUGCCAUAAUGCUUGACCUAGGUUACCCAGACCCACGGAAUUCUAAAUUCGCUGAUGAAUCCCCAAUUAUAUACUACCAUUUUAGGAUACCCAAUGGUGACUUUCAAUUUGGUCUUAGAGCUUUAGGGAAUGAUCAGGAUGUGAUCAACCUUUCUAAAUAUAUUGCACAUAACAAGCUGAUUGAGGUGUACACAGAGCAUGGAAAGACAAAUUUAUUGACUUACUUCAUGUCACCAAAUGCAAAGGGUAAAGUUGUCAUUGAGGAAUUACCAGAAAAUGAUGAUCAAGGGGCUGAAGUUGAGGGUCAAGUUCAUGCAGAUUCUCCAAUGAAAAAUGUGAACCAUGGUAAUGGUGAGCCUAUUGGUGAGUUCAUGUCUCUGAUUCUUUUUGGGAGUAAGAAUGAUAGUUUCUCACCAGAGUAUAGAAGGGGUAGGGUUGGGAAUUCCAAAAUAGGUGAAAGUUCUUGUAGCAAUAGGCUUAAUUUAGAUUAUAUUGAUGAGGUUGUUCACAUUUCAAAGGAAAAGAAUGAUGAUCUGGAUGGUUCAACUAAUGUUCAGGAGGCAGCAACUUGUGUUCAUAUUGAUGAGAUGGAUGGUGUUAGGGAGGCUGCAAAUGUUGUUCAAGAGGCAUCAACUUUUGAUGAAGAAGGCUACAACACCCCCCUGUUAAUAAUGCUGAUGAACAAUUGAAUGAGUUAUUUGAUAACCUUAUGGAAAAUUUGAUUGGGAGUGAUGAUGAUAAUGCAGAGUAUGAAGGGGAUGGAGAAUCUGAAGAGGGUAAUCAAGAGUAUGAAGAGGAUGAUGAAUCUCAAGAAAGUGAUCCAAAUUUUGAAGAGUAUGAUGAAUCUGAAAAUAGUGAUCCAGAGUAUGAAGAAGAUGAGAGACAAAUAGAAGAUGAAGAUCAUAUGGAUGACAUAAUGGAUGUUGACAACAAUAUACAGGAUGUGGAUGUGGACAUGGGAGAUUUCACUCUCAAUGUUGAAAGUGAUGUGGAAGGUGGGCAUGAACCUGAAGAUAUGGAAGUGAUUAACAAUGAGGAAUUUGAAUCUUUGGAUGAAGGAUCCGACCAAGACAGAGAGAGAAGAGCUCUUAUCAAGAAUUUGAGAAAAGAAAAAAGGUGCAGUCUUGGGGUAGUACAUAAACAAUCUUUUUCAGUUGGAGAUAAAUUUAAUAGUAAAAAAGAAUUAAAGGAGGCAAUUGAUCUGCAUGCACUAGAAUCAAGAAGGAAUCUUUUCUUUAAAAAAAAUGACAAUGUAAGGCUUAGGGCACAGUGUAGAGGUGUUGUACCUGUCACCAAUAAAGGCCAAGUGGGUAGUCAAGCUACCACUUCAAAAAGAAAGGGUAAAGAAUUAAAGACACAAAAAGUAACAUGUGGUUGGUACAUUCAUGCAUCUAGGUCAAAUCCUGAAUCCGACUGGUUUAUAAGGACCUUAAACCAAACUCACACAUGUUUGCAAACAAGGAAACUCAGGGCUUGUACUGCUUCUUUAAUCAGCAAGAAAAUCUUUGAUCAAGUUGAGGCGAAUCCAGAUAUACCUUUGAGAGCCAUACAAGAUCACUUUCAAAAGACCUACCAAGUGGGUGUUAGUAUGGACAAGGUGUUCAGGGCAAAGGAUAAGGCAAGAAAGCAUAUAACUGGUGACUACACAAAGCAGUAUGAACUGUUGAGGGACUAUUUUCUCGAACUUCAAGCCACCAACCCAGACACCACAGUGAAAAUAGAUGUAUGUUCUGAGCCUAACCCUGAUUCCCCAACUAGGCAGUUUAGAAGAAUUUAUGUGUGCUUGGGUCCACUGAAAAAAGGGUUCAAGGCAUGCCUUAGGGACUUAUUAGGUUUUGAUGGUGCCUUCAUGAAAGGACCAUUCCCUGGGCAAGUCCUUUCA